AUGGUCGCGGCGAGCAUCGCUCGCGAACUGAAUAUUCUCACGGGGGUGGAAGCGUCGGUGGAGGCGAACCGCGGCCACUGGAGAGGACUGAGCCAAGUGACAAAUGAGACAGAUGAGGACGAGGAAUGGGAUGACAACACCUGCUGCCACCGUGCGACCUUCUGCAACCCGCUGUUACGGGAGAUCAUCGUGACCGACGUGAUCUCCACGUGCUUCGACCUACGGCUGACUUGGGCGGAUCUCUUCUGGCUCGCGACUGCGAGCGGCUUGACUCUGCUGGCCUGGGCUGUUUUGUACUUCCUGCUGGGCGACGUAGUGUUACCCGGCGGUAGCAUCUUCGGUCUUUUCGUCUUGAUCAUUUUCUCCUACGCGCUCGGCUGGAGCCUCACUUGCAUUCCCUACUUGCAUCUACCGCCUAUCCUCGGCAUGCUGCUUGCCGGCAUAAUACUCCGCAACACUGACGUCUACAAUAUACACGACGAGCUCGGGCCGGGCGUGACCUCCAAGAUCAGGACCUUCUGCUUGACCUUCAUCAUGGUACGUGCCGGCCUCCAGCUGACGACAACCGCUCUGAGGGAGCAUCCGGUGUUCGUGAUAAUCCUAGCGCUCGUCCCGUGCUCCAUCGAGACAUUGACGGUCAGCGUCUUGUGUCGAUAUCUCCUCGAAUAUCCGUGGAAUUGGGCUUUUAUGACAGGGACGAUCGUCGCUUGCAUGUCCCCCGUAGUAACGGUCAACUGCAUGCUCGCCUUAGCUGAACGCGGUUAUGGAGAAGACAAAGGAUUGGCCAGCUUACUAUGCACGGCGGCUUCCAUCGAUGACGUGCAUAUCGUGUCCCUCUUCUCCAUUUGCUUCUCUUUCGUCUUCAGCGACGAUAAAUACAAGAACCAAUGGUGGUCCUAUAUCCCCGGCGGGAUUCGAGAUUUCCUCCUGGGAGUCAUAGCGGGAAUUAUCUUGGGCUUUGCCCUGGCCUUUUUCCCUCAUCGCAAUCACAAAUACGCGACGUGGUAUCGGAUUGGCGGUUUAGUUCUCGCAUCUUUAAUGUGCACCACAGCGGCAUCGAAACUGACGAUUACAGGUGGAGGAUAUCUCGCUACCAUCAUAUUAUCAUUUAUAGCCACUUAUGGAUGGCGAAUCUUAUCGGUUUCGCACGACGUAACGCCUUUUCGCAAAGUAUUCUUUUUCCUCUGGCACUUUAUGCAACCGAUCUUAGGAGGAGUGAUCGGUGCCGAUAUUGAUUUCCAGCACUGGGUUAUAUCCAGAUUCGGGAUGUAUCUCGUUUGUACGCUCGUGGGAGUAUUGGUGCGUAGCACCACGGCCUUCCUAACGACGUUGAGGAUGCCUUUUACAUGGAAAGAGCGUCUCUUUGUCGCUGUAUCUUGGGUGCCGAAAGGCACGCUACAGGCAGCGUUAGCGCCGAUGGCGUUCGAGCGUGCUAGAAAAGAAGGCGACCCCGCGAAAAUCGAAUUAGCCCUCGACGUGGUGAGGAUAUCAGUGAUCGCCGUUGUAUUCCUGGCGCCGCUCGGCGCCAUCGGUAUGAUGAGUACCGGCCCCUUUCUGUUAAACAAGAUCACUAUCGAGGAACAUCAAAGGGCGCGAGAAUUGAGCUACUUGCGCAUCGUUUCUCUGCAACCUGUUAGGACACGCAGGAAAAAGGAAAAGUCCGCCGACGAUAACAUUAAUAUUGUCUCGCCGACAGAAACAGCUUUGUAG